GAAGUUACUAUCCAUGGUAAUUGCCUUUCUUGCAUGUAUUGUAUAAGGCCAUUAAUAAUUUAGUUCCAAUGAGAAAAAAAUUAAUUUUAGGAAAGAGAGAAAGGAAAAAGUACAAUGGCGGAACACCAACAAUAUCUUUGCAUGAUGUCGGAAGAUAAGAUUUAUGGUAUCAAUCUCAAGAAAUUAAUACCAGAAAAAGAGGAAAAGGACGAGAACCAGGACGAGAACGAAGAACAAAACAAAGAAGUGGAGGAUUGGAAAAAUCUACCAAAUUUUUGCUUUGAUUUUUCCAAAGAUCUUUCGUUAAGAUACAUGCAUGCAUUGGAAUUGGAUUCUAAGAUUCAUCUUAUUGGAGGUCAAAAAUGUAACUCUGAAGAUGGUUCAUAUAAACCAUCAAACAAAGUCUACAAACUUGACUUUGAUUUCACCGACGAUAAUGACGACGACAACGACGACGACGACAAUAACAAAGAAGAACCGCAAAUAAAUGAAGCCGAAUUAAUUCCACAAACUCCUACAUACUUUGGUGAAGAUAAAUGUUUAGUUACAAAAAUUAGAGGCGAUCAUUAUUUUUUAAUACUAGAUGACGCUGCACCUGCAUCCGUACCUAACAAUAAUUUUUGGGUUCUGAGAUCCGAGACAAGAGAAUGGGAACCAUUACCGGCUGCUCCGAACCCCGGAAUAGCCGGUAUUGGAGCCCAAACUCAUUGGUUUGUUUUCUAUGAUAUUCUCUACAUUCGAAUUGCUUUGGUAGAUGGUAGAAUUUUUGUUCUAUAUUAUGAAUCAGACGAUCCAGAGAAGGGGUGGACGUUGCAUCACGAUGAAGAUGAUUUUACGAGUUCUUUUUGGCUUACAAUUGAUGAUCAACGUAGAUUUUUCACUCCACAUAUUCUUCCUUUUCCAUCUUUACCAGGUUUUGAUUUUGAUUGUUGCGUGACGCUUUCUUUCUUCCUUGAAGAAGAAUUUACAAUCCAUGCUUUACUAGUGACUCGACUUGGUGUUAAGUACUUUCAAGAGAUUAAAGGAUGUUUUGACGAAAUCCCAUCGUUUCUUCGAAAAGUGGAGCCGAUUCUUCUUGAUCUCGGCAACGGCAAGGUUUGUGUCAUGUUAUGUGGCUUUGAAAAGAGACAUGGUUGUGGAGACAGAUUCUUAUGUGUAUUGGUUCUUAGUCUUGCCAUGAAAGAGGGAGUUGAAGUUAAUCUUUUGGAAUAUCCUCCAGCAGAGCGUGAUUUCUUAAUCGUUAAUGUAAUUAGUAAAUCUUUCUAUACCUUGAAGGAAGACCCUAAUGAAUGUACAUAUGACUUAUGA